AUGGGCGCAGCAGACAACAAUCCCCGAAAGAAGGGCCACUCAUCCACAUCAAAAGCACACAUCUCCAAGCAGCCAAUGACAUGGUCAAACUGGUACAAGCACAUCAACUGGCUCAACUGCACCUUCAUCCUCUUUGUCCCCAUCGGCGGUUGCAUCCUCGCAUGCUGGACCCCUCUUCGCCUCUACACAGCCAUAUUCGCCGUCGUCUAUUAUUUCAAUGCCGGUCUCGGUAUCACCGCUGGCUACCACAGAUACUGGGCCCACAGAUGCUACAAAGCAACCCUCCCGCUAUCCAUCUACCUCGCCGCCGCAGGCGUCUCCGCAGGGCAAGGCUCAAUCCGAUGGUGGUCCAAGGGCCACCGCUCGCACCACCGAUACACGGACACAGACAAAGACCCUUACUCGGUAAAGAAGGGGUUCUGGUACUCGCACAUUGGCUGGAUGGUCCUACACCAGGACCACAAACGGAUCGGACGCGCUGACGUCUCGGAUCUAGAUGAGGAUCCGGUCGUGAGGUGGCAGCAUAAGCACUAUAUCAAAUCGGCCAUUUUCAUGACGCUGAUCUUCCCGACGGUCCUUUGUGGGUUGGGAUGGGGCGAUUGGAAGGGUGGGUUCAUCUAUGGCGGGAUCCUACGGGUGUUUUUCAUCCAGCAGGCCACCUUCUGCGUGAAUAGCCUCGCACACUUCAUCGGCGAGCAGCCAUUCGAUGAUCGGAAUUCGCCACGAGACCACGUUAUCACUGCGCUAGUAACCCUGGGAGAAGGAUACCAUAACUUCCACCACGAAUUCCCAAGCGACUACCGCAACGCGAUCGAAUGGUGGCAGUACGACCCAACGAAAUGGAUGAUCUGGCUCUGGAAACAACUCGGCCUCGCAUAUGACCUCAAGCAAUUCCGCGCGAACGAAAUCGAAAAGGGACGCGUGCAGCAGAUGCAGAAGAAGGUCGAUACCAUGCGGUCAAAGAUCGACUGGGGGAUUCCGCUGGAGCAGUUGCCCGUCAUAGAGUGGGAUGAGUUUGUCGAAGCUUCCAAGACGCGUGCGCUAAUUGCCAUUGGUGGCGUUGUUCAUGAUGUGACGGCGUUCGUGAAGGAGCAUCCCGGUGGCAAGGCCUUUAUUGCAAGCGGGAUUGGGAAGGAUGCGACUGCGAUGUUCAAUGGAGGUGUGUAUCGGCAUUCGAACGCGGCGCAUAAUUUGUUGGCGUCGAUGAGGGUUGGAAUUGUGAGGGGUGGGUGCGAGGUGGAGAUUUGGAAGGGAGUGGGCAGAGUGGAGGGGAAGACUGGCGUUGAGACUCUGGCAGCCGGGGGUCAGGUUACUAGGAGGGCUCCUAUGGUCAAGGUAGAUGAGGCACAGCCUUGA